AUGGCCGUGAGUGGAGAAGCCGAUGGUAGAGCCAUUGCCGGUGAGGAAGAAGCCGGAGAGGAGGGAAGAGCUGGCGGCGGAGGUGUGAUCGGAGGUGGCGAAGAGCAAAGUGUCUCCCACUUUGCUAUAGUACACAAGGUCUUUGACUUAAACUAUGUAUCUAAACUUCUAUGUGAGAUCACUGAUCACCAUAAGCGUCUUGAUGCCAUAAAGGCCAUUGUCUAUGAGGCUCAGGUCCGUGUUGAUGAUCCCAUUUAUGGUUGUUGUGGUCGCAUCUUGACAUUACAAGAACAGUUGAGGAGUCUACAAGAGCAGGUGCAGUAUCAACAACAACUAGUGGCAACAAGGCAGUUGCCAGUGACUAGAGAUUUUCUUUCACUUCUUGAUAAAGAUCUUAGUUCUAGUUCUGAUAAUCCUCCUUCAUUGAAAUGA